AUAAUGCAACAAUAAUGCAAUAAUAAUGCAAUAUUAAUGCAAUAAUAAUGCAAUAAUGCUAAUGCGAUAUGAUGCGAUGACGAUGGUAAUGCGAUAUUUGCAAGCGCUGCGCUCCACCGCCGCGGCCGCCACCAAGAACCCCGUUCCCUGCCAAGUUCGAUUCUAGGCGGUGGCGCUCAUUCGUGGCGAGCGAUGAUGAGAACCUCCCCCCGUGUUGGUGCUGUAGGGGGUGUGUUUGGUGUCUUUCCGGGUUUUACUGUAUGCUCGUUUGUGUAUGUGUGAGGCAGUUGUUUUCACGUGAGUGUAUGCGUUUUGUGUGUGUUCAUGCGAGUGUCACGAGUUUGUGUGCGAGUGAGUUUGUGAGUGUUUUCAUAGCAAUGUGUGCGCUGUUCGUGACUUUGUGAGCCUUGUGGGGCUGCUGGAGUCGGGAAGAGCUUCGCUAGAGGCCCUCCCUGCCACUGCGGCUGCUGCUGUCGUCCGGUUUCGGUUUGGGGACUUCAACUUCCUCCUCAAGCGCCUCGCCUCGACCGCCCGGGUGGAGAGGGCAUUGGAGGGCAGCCUCUCAACCCACAACGGCCCUCCACAUCUCGACCACUCCGGCAUCGCCUCUCUCAUCUCGACCACUCCGGCAUCGUCUCGCCGAGACACCUCGGGCCAGGUUGAGGAAUCCGCCGCGCGAACCCCGCGCCACUUCUCCCCGCGCGUCCACCAACGACUUGGAGCCACCACCACCUCCAAGUCGCCCUGGUGACUUUGACUCUCCUCUCUCGCCUGUCACCACCAACAAGUCGCCCUGGUGACUUUGACUCUCCUCUCUCGCCUGUCACCACCUACAAGUCGCCUUGGUGACUUUGACUCACCUCUCUCGCCUGUCACCACCAACAAGUCGCCCUGGUGACUUUGACUCUCCUCUCUCGCCUGUCACCACCUACAAGUCGCCCUGGUGACUUUGACUCUCCUCUCACGCCUGUCACCAUCAACAAGUCGCCCUUGCGACAAACUCGCCGUGAUCGCAACUCACUCUGGGUGAGGGGGGUCUGGGGGACCGGCAACGUUGGUGUACUGAGUUCGCCACGACACCGCCCGCCCGCGAUGGCCUCGAGGUUGAAGCAGCUGGGCGAGGAGUUGACGUGCGUCGUGUGCAUGGAGGAGUUCGCGGAGCCCGUGACGCUCGGUUGCGGCCACAACUUCUGCCAGGGCUGCAUCGAGCGCUGCUGGGAGGCCGAGGAGGGCGCCGGCGCAGCGCUGUCGUGCCCGCAGUGCCGCCGACGUUUCGCGGCGCGUCCCUCGCUGCAGAAGAACACCGUGCUCGCCAACGUGGUGAAGCAGCUGGCGCUGCGGGAUUGCUUCGAUGACAGCCCCCCGCCAAUGUUGCACCGCAACCACCAGCAGCAGCAGCAGAAACCGCAGCAGCAGCCGCAAUGCGCCCUGUGCCUUCCGCAAAUGCGCGCGGCCGUGAAGUCGUGCUUCACCUGCGACCUCUCGUUCUGCGCCGAGCACUCGCUGCCCCACUCGACGGCCGCCUACGGCCACCACGUGGUGGUGGAGCCCGCCGUGGACGUGGCGGCGAGGAAGUGCUCCGAGCACGGCGAGAGGCUGCGCUACGUGUGCCGCCAGGACGGCGCGCUCGUCUGCGUCGACUGCACCACGGUGGGCGCGCACAGGAACCACGCAGCGGUGAGGGUGGAGCAGGAGGACCCCGUGCUCAAGAAAGCUCUAAGGGACAAGCUGGACGCUUUGCAGCAUAAAAUGAAAGCAAUAAAGGACAACAAGCUGGAAUUUUCGGCCAGAGACCGCGACAUGAAGACUGCUUUCACGGCCCACGCGGGCAAGGUGGAAGGGAGGCAGAAGGACGUGAAGGCUUUCCUCGAGCGAGAGACGAAGGCUGCAAAGCAGGCGCUGAGCGGCGAGCAAGCCAAGGCGCUGCAGAAGACCAAGCAGGACGCCGACCACCUGGACGCACGCCUCGCUGAGAUCCAGGCGCUGGAGGCCGCCGCGCGCCAGCUGCUGCAGACGACGGACAGCUUGUCGUUCGUGCAGGAAUAUCCAAUACAUUCUCAAAGGAUUGACGUGGCGCUGGCGCAGAUCCCAGACAGGGUGGAGCCUCCUGCCCUGGACGAGCGCGGCAUCACAGAGCACUUGGCGUGGCUGGACAACAUUUUCGCGCAGAUGGACAAGAUGCAAAAGACGAGAAAUCUCUACCCGUGGAGGAUGUUCAACAAGCGCAAGCUGGUGAUGGACGUCAGCACUGCACAUCCCAACCUGCUGAUUUCCAAAGACUACCACAUGGCAACGUACUCGGAGGAAGUGCAGGACUACCCGGACAAUGCCCAGCGGUUCGAGUGCGUCCUCCAGGUGCUCUGCUCGGAGAGCUUCUCGUCGGGCCAGCACUACUGGGAGGUGUACGUGAAGUGCGGCGCUCAGUGGGAGGUGGGCGUCGCCUACGGCUCCAUCGGCAGGAAGCGGCACAACGAGAGGAACGUGCUGGGUAACAAUUCCGUGUCCUGGUGCUUCUCGCUGGCCAACGGCGAGUUUUCCGGUUGGCACAACGGCAACAAAGUGGUCGUCGACGUUCGCCAGCCGCUCGAGGUUCUGGGUGUGCACCUCGACUACGAGGCCGGCACUAUCGCGUUUUACAAUGCGCAGUCGAUGGCGCUGCUCCACUCGUUCACGGGCAGCUUCGCGCAGCCCCUGUACCCCGCCUUUGGCGUCUACCCUGCCUCGUCGCUUGCCCUCUGUGAUUUUGGGCUCCUCUUCUAAAAGUCACGAGGACGAUCACAUUUUUUUUAACGGUCGCUCUCAACAGCUGCACGGCGGGGCAGACCUCGCUUAGCGCUCUGUACGCGCUUUCCCGGAGGAGGGAGCGCUCGUCGAUUCGGUGCUAAAAACAGGGGGCCCUCAAACCGUCAAACUGUUGUGCGUACGGGGGGGAAUGCGUUCCCGACACACCGGAGUUAUUUCUUUCGUAUGAGCAAUAUAUAUACGAGGGGCUUCAUUGGUCUAUCGGUAACAUCUCUAAUAAUAAUAAUGUAGACGAUAAAUGUUAUUUCGUGAAAAUAAUAUUAAAACAUCAUCCAUGAAGUAUUAUGUACUGUACUCAUGACUGCAUUCCAGUAUACUACUACAUGGCGGUGGUGGGGGGAGUCAAAGCGCUCCCAAUCUGGGUCAUUCUCAGAGAAGUGCUCUAGGAGACCUCCAUGGUCUUAGCGAUGCCCUCGGUCUAAAUGUCUGUGGUGAGGUUUCUUUUAGGAUGAGCCUGAAACUCUGAUUCCUGGUCUCGUGAGUUCUCACCUGGCUAAACAAACCGAUUUUUUGUUGUUUUUGUUUUCAUGUAAUCGUGACCACAAUUUGUGAUAAUCGAAUCACGGGGGGGCGGGGUUGGGUGGUGGUGGUGCUGAUUGGCUCAGAGCCAUGCGUCGCUCUUAUUGGCUGAGCUAAUGAUGGGGGUGGGGGGACGUUUUCUCGGAUGACCCCGUUGAACCGUUCUCGCUCAAAAAGCGCUUUGUAGAUUCGUUUACUUUCAUUUUUUUUAUUUUCAUACAACAUUUUCUCAAAUACAAAAAGAGCUCUAACGAAUCGUCGUUCUAUGGGGGGACGUGCUAAGCGAGGUCUAUCCGCACGUUACUGUGAUUGUGAAUAUAACCUCGGUGUGUGUUUACUACAAUGGGACCAAUUAAUCGGCGCCAAAAAUGGAAUCGAAUUUGAAUUUUAACCGAGAUAACUCAUUUUGAAACCAAAUACAACUAAAACCUUUUCUCAUGAGAUUUUUUAAUUCAGAGGGCAAUACCCACAUUCUGAAGGAUGGCCAAACAUUAUAUAGUAUGGCCAAACAUUCUAUAUAAUGGCCAAACAUUGUAAAAGCACGGGCAAACAUUGUUAAAGUAUGGCCAAACAUUAUAAAGUAUGGCCUAACAUGGCCAAGCAGCUGAUAUGGUGUGGGUAUGACUUUGUCAAAGGUCUGGAUUGACAAAGCUGUGCAAAUUCAUUAUUAUUCAAACGAUGGGGUAUUCAUAUUUAUGUGAUCUAACACAAAAAAACCUUUAUUCGUGAAUACCAUUUGGUCGCUAAAGCCUACGACUACUUCUACGUGUAAAAAUGUGCGUGAUGACUUUGUUGAUGUGGGGGAGGGUUAAUUUUUUUGGCCGAAAACAAUGCGGCAAGCCUCAAGGUCACAGCAGUUGGCAAAUUAGUAAAUAUUUCUCUGAAACAGAUUUCGUGCUGAACUGCAAACAAACGUGGGCUGAUACAGAAUUAUUUUGCAGCCAAUGCACACGCGUUUGGCUUUCAGACACUGGGUUCACCGCGGGCGCUCAUCGUUUUUUUUGUAAUCAUUAAACAUCAACAUUUACACAACCAAGAGGAUAACGCCUCGUGUGCAGGAUUAAAAGCAUUGAUUUUUUUUAUCCAGACAUUCACGUGUGAGUGUGUAUGUUGAACUUUAUUUGCACCGUACGUAGCCAACCAUGCUAAUCGGAGGUGCGGGGCAAGGAUAAACUAGACACAAAAAGCAGUUCAAGAAAUAGUUUUCAAUGUAGAUGAUGUAAAAGUGCAUACAGUUCAAGAAAUAGUUUUCAAUGUAGAUGAUGUAAAAGUGCAUACGUACUCAUUCUCAGAGGGCACCAUGUGGGUGGGACUGUGUGUCCCCCUUGCUUGAUUGAAACUGUGAAUAAUGUUGAAUUGAGCCGUAAUUACAUAACAUAUAAGUAAUUCAUGUAAAGUGAAGGACAGAUUAAUAUGACCAUGGUUCAGUGCAUCGAGUCUGUGUAACUUCACCAUUUGCGCAGCAACAUUAUUCUGAAUAGCUUGUGCCAAUAUUCACGUUUAAUCAUGGUCAGCAUUUGUUUCUCCAACAAGAAAAGGAACUACCAGGACUUUAAAAUGUAUGUUUUUUUAUUUUCUUUAAAUGGAUGUAUGUUAAUCACAUCAUCGAUCUUAGACAAAAAAGUGUAAUGUUUUAUUCACUAUGAAGUGAUGGAGACAGUGUGAUGGGUGCGAUAAUCUGUGUGCUUUCAUUUUUUUUAAAUGUCCCAAUCCGACGGUGCAUUACCAAACUUGUUUUGUUUGCAAUGUAUUUUCGUUCGGUGUGCAAUGCUUGCAUCAUGUUUCGUUCGACAUUGCAACUUUCCACGUGGCUCUUCUUCAUAGCAAAUUCACUGUGCGUGUGGUUUGCAACGGUAACGCGUCACAGUGUGAAGGAGAGAGAGAUGAGAGAGCGAGAGAGAGAUGGGGUGGGGGAGUUUCAGAAUCUGAAUCAGAAUACGUAGUUAUACUGGAGGAAUCUGAUGAGCUAUAAAGCUCUUUUUCACAGACGUCUAGUAGGGGCACGUGGUAAAAACGUUACUACAACAAACAAUACAAAAAUAUGAUAGUGCAAGAUACAAGAAAGGUAAACAAAUCACCCCAACACAUACAUAAAACUAAACCAUCCCCUUCCUAGCAGGCAAAGCCCAUUGAGAUAUUAACUUAUUUUUCAGAAGCAACCUGUCCACAAAUGAUAGCUCAACAAAAUGGCUUAUUACGUGGAAAUUUAUAGCAGCAAAAUAAUCUAAAUAAUUCCAAUGCAUGUUUCUAAAUGUGCAGGGAAAAACCAGAGCCUGGGCAGAGAGCAUGACAAGUGUGGGUGGCGAGAUGUUAAUUACCUCGCCUGGGAUAAAGGAGGUUGUGGGUUAGAUCCAGACACUGAUGCCUGCUGUAUAUUUGGAGUUUGCAUGUCUCUGCCCGUGAUCGUAAUAAUUUUUGUAUCCGGGUCGUCCUGUUUUUCCCUCCACAUUCAGAAUCAACAUCACGCAAUUAUAUUAUUUGGCUGCUAUACAUUUCCACGUGAUAAGACACUUGUUUGAGCUAACAUUUGUGAUAGCCAGGUCGCAUCUUAAAAAGAGCUACAUGGCUCCGUAGUGGACCUUACCUGGUAAAAUAAAAGAAAGCGUUUAACAAAAACCAUGGUCAUUGGAGGUGCGGGGGGAUGGGACAAAUUAAAAAAAAGCACUUUUAAAUAAUGAGUUUUCAACCUUGAGUUUUCAAUCGAGAAGGAAAUUAGUUUUCAACAUGUGGGUACAAACGGGCAUUCAGCUUGCUACUACCUGGAAAAAGAAAAAAUUGUAAUCAUAGGGUGGAUGCUGAGAGUAUGUGUAGGAGGAAGAGUGGGCGAUUAAAAGAGCCCAGUGGUCAGGCAUGCGAAGUGAAGGGUUCACGAUCAUGCUCCAGCGUUUGGAUGUGGAGUUGCAUGUUCGGCGUUACGCAUCACACAGACAGCGGUUGACGGUGCACGUUAUCUCUUUUUACGGACCUUACCGUUGGCGUGGUUCAAAUAAACCCACCCUACGCUGA